CGUUGAGCUUGAAAAAUGAUCUCAACAUGUAUUGAUCGUCUAGAACCUAAAACCCUAAACCCUAGAAGGUGCUUCUAGAGUCUUCGCUUCUCUAGAAGCAACUCUGCUACGAACCCUUGUUCUCUUUCUCACUCUUUCUCUAUUUACAUCCCUACCGUGGAACGCUCUCUGCCCUGCAUAGCGACACGCUCAUUCCCCACUGAAACUAUAUCAUUUUUUAGCUUCUCAUUUGCUCUUCUGAAGCACUAACAACCAUGUAUCGCGUGGCUGCCAACUUCGCUUCCAAAGCCCGGAUCGCUAGGAACAGUAGCCAGCAGAUUGGUUGCAGGUUGAAUUGGAACAGAAAUUAUGCUGCUAAAGAUAUUAAAUUCGGUGUCGAUGCUCGUGCUUUGAUGCUUAAAGGUGUUGAAGAGCUCUCUAAUGCUGUUGGUAUAACCAUGGGGCCCAAGGGACGCAAUGUUGUAAUUGAACAAAGUUUUGGUGCCCCGAAAGUGACAAAAGAUGGUGUUACUGUGGCAAAGAGCAUUGAGUUCAAGGAUAGAGUUAAAAACGUGGGUGCAAGCCUUGUGAAGCAGGUAGCAAAUGCAACAAAUGAUGUGGCAGGCGAUGGUACUACCUGUGCCACAGUCCUCACCCGUGCUAUAUUUACUGAAGGCUGCAAAUCAGUUGCAGCUGGGAUGAAUGCAAUGGACCUGCGCCGUGGAAUCACAAUGGCAGUUGAUUCUGUUGUUACAAACCUCAAGAGCAGAGCAAGAAUGAUAAGCACGUCUGAAGAAAUUGCACAGGUUGGCACAAUAUCUGCAAAUGGGGAGAGAGAGAUUGGUGAGCUUAUAGCGAAAGCUAUGGAGAGAGUCGGGAAAGAAGGAGUCAUCACCAUAGCUGAUGGCAAAACUCUAUAUAAUGAACUGGAAGUUGUUGAGGGAAUGAAAUUGGAUAGGGGUUAUAUAUCUCCCUAUUUCAUCACCAACCCGAAGAACCAAAAAUGUGAAUUAGAAGAUCCUCUCAUCUUAAUAUAUGAUAAGAAAAUUUCAAGCGUGAAUGCUGUGGUUAAAGUGUUAGAGUUGGCUCUGAAGAGGCAAAGACCUUUGCUGAUUGUUGCUGAAGACAUAGAAAGUGAUGCAUUGGCCACUCUAAUUUUAAAUAAGCUCCGUGCUGGAAUCAAGGUCUGUGCCAUUAAAGCUCCUGGUUUUGGAGAAAACAGGAAGGCCUGCUUGCAAGAUCUUGCCAUUCUCACCGGGGGUGAAGUCAUAACAGAGGAGCUUGGCCUGAACCUUGAAAAGGUGGACGUGGAUAUGCUUGGCUCAUGUAAAAAGGUGACGGUAUCCAAGGACGACACUGUUGUUCUGGACGGGGCUGGUGACAAGAAAGCCAUUGAGGAAAGAUGUGAACAGUUGAGGUCUGCAAUUGAAUCGAGCACUUCUGAUUAUGAGAAAGAGAAGCUGCAAGAAAGGCUGGCAAAGCUUUCUGGUGGUGUUGCAGUUUUGAAGAUAGGAGGUGCUAGCGAAACUGAAGUUAGUGAGAAGAAGGAUAGAGUUACCGAUGCAUUAAAUGCCACCAAGGCUGCAGUGGAAGAGGGUAUUGUACCAGGUGGUGGAGUUGCACUUCUUUAUGCAUCUAAGGAACUAGAUAAGUUGCAAAUUUCCAACUUUGACCAAAAGAUUGGUGUUCAGAUUAUUCAGAAUGCCCUUAAGACACCUGUUUACACAAUUGCUUCCAAUGCUGGGGUUGAGGGAGCUGUAGUUGUUGGCAAGCUAUUGGAACAGGAUAACCCUGAUCUUGGAUAUGAUGCUGCAAAAGGUGAAUAUUUGGACAUGGUGAAAGCUGGAAUCAUUGACCCACUGAAAGUUAUCAGAACUGCAUUGGUGGAUGCUGCUAGUGUCUCUUCAUUGAUGACUACUACAGAAGCUGUGGUGGUUGAACUUCCAAAGGAUGAGAAAGAAGUUCCAGCUAUGGGUGGUGGAAUGGGUGGAAUGGGUGGAAUGGAUUAUUGAUGCCCUAAGCUACAAUAAUUUUGUUCAGCCCCAUAAAUUUGUGGAUAGAAAACAUAGGUGGUGGGUUCAUUUUCCUGGGUAUCUGUUCUUUUUCGCUCUGCACUCACCCUAACUUUUGUUGAUAGGUUUUUCUUGUUAGAGGCACAAAUUUCAUGUAAUCAUAGUUGAGAGGGAGAUCAAAGUUGUAGGAAGUUUUGUUCAUGCCACCAUUGAAAUGAAGGACAUUUCUUACUGUAACGGCAUCUCUCAUGAUUUAAUCAGACUUAGAAUUUGGUUCUCAAAAAACAAGAGAAAUAAGAUUUAGAUUUCUGGAGGCAGGCUUGAGCUGCGAA